AAAUUUACCAGAGAUUUCGCCUCAUUAUCUCAUCUAUUAUUUAUUAGUUUAUAGAGCCGCCUGCUUGACCAUAAACAUCUUUCAAAAAGUCAAAAUAUUCUCGGAUUAUCAAUAUCUUGCAGAUCUCUUUUUACAAUGGCAACCGAAGACUCCGUGGCUCCAAGAAAAUGCAUAGGCGUUGAUUGUGAGAAUGAAGCUGGAUCAUUGCAAUGUCCAACAUGUUUGAAGCUUGGUACAAAGGAUAGCUUUUUCUGUUCGCAGGAUUGUUUUAAAAGAAGUUGGGUAUGCAUGAUUCAAUCCAAUUAGUUAUAUUCAUCAACCCAACUGCUUUGUAUUUUCCAUGGAAUCCGCAAAUAGCCAGUCGUGCCAGUCGUACCAUCUUUACCCCUCCAAAAUGGUGUUUUUGUGACGGGUACGAUGUUCAAUCUAUGCGCAAGGCUAACAAAGAUCAUAGUCUGAACAUAAGAAAGUACAUAAAUCACAGAGUAAUAUCCUCAGUAAUAUCUUUGCCCCAAAAGUCGUUUCUAAACCCGAUCCAGCUACCGGUCUAUUCAAUCCUUUUCCUACCUUCCCAUUCACCGGAUCAUUACGACCUGUUUACCCAUUAUCCGACCGUCGAGAAGUACCAAAAACUAUCCAGUACCCCGAUUAUUGGAGGGAUGGAGUUCCACGUAGUGAAAGAACAAGCCAAAGAAACAAGAUUGAAAUCUUGAAUAAGGAACAACAGGAAGGCAUGAGAAAGGUUUGUCGAUUGGGUAGAGAAGUAUUGGACAUCGCAGCUGCAGCCGCCAAGCCUGGAGUCACUACCGACUACAUCGAUGAGAUUGUACACAAAGCUUGUUUAGAAAGAAAUGUGAGUAUCUUUUUGUACGAUAGGUCAACCUUACUAAUGAAAUUUAGUCAUACCCUUCUCCUCUUAACUACUGCGAUUUCCCAAAGUCAGUCUGCACAUCCGUCAACGAAGUUAUUUGCCAUGGUAUUCCAGAUAAGCGGGUUUUAAAGGAUGGUGAUAUUCUCAACAUCGAUGUUACACUCUAUCAUGGAGGUUUCCACGGCGAUCUUAACGAAACAUAUUAUAUUGGUGAUAAAGCAAAGGCAGACCCUGAUACGGUACGAGUGGUAGAAGCUGCACGAGAAUGUCUUGAUUUGGCUAUACAGAUCGUCAAGCCAGGAGUACUAUUCAGAGACUUUGGAAACAUUAUAGAAAAACGUGCCAAGGAAUCGAAUUGUAGCGUCAUCAAGGCAUACUGUGGUCAUGGCAUCAACAGCUUAUUUCAUUGUGCGCCAAAUAUUCCUCAUUAUGCGAAGAAUAAGGCUGUUGGUGCAGCGAAACCAGGAAUGUGCUUCACAAUUGAGCCCAUGAUUGCUUUAGGGACACACAAGGAUAGGACUUGGCCCGAUAACUGGACAAGUGUAACUCAAGAUGGAAAGAAGACUGCUCAAUUUGGUACGUGAAUUUGCUGAUGAUUAACAGUGACUAUCUACUAACAUUUAACAGAGCAUACUCUCUUGAUCACCGAUGACGGUUGCGAAAUAUUGACAGCAAGAUUACCCAGCUCGCCUGGUGGACCCAUACCAAUGCCAGUUGUUGCAGAGGAAACUAAUGGAGAGAAGGAGGAGGCUACAGCUUAGAUGAUGAGUAGUGCAGAAAGAUUCCAGCCAAGUCACUAGCCAAAGGAGUUCCAUUGAGAGAAAAAUGACGGUAUAAUUUGUGUGAUGCAUCAAUCCCAUGUGAAAAGGAAUGGCCUUUUUCAAGCUCGAGCCACUAGCCGAGCCUUAAAGUCAUGACGACCUGUAAACCCUACAACGAGGUGACAUCUUACAAGCAAGUAGAUUGUAUAUAAUAUUCCAGUACAAUACAUGGCAUACUUGACAAU